CCUUGUAUAGUGGCUGGUACCACAGCGCUUUCAAGAGCAUCGCACUCCAUGUGCGUUGCGUGGAUGUUGAAAUUGCGCUGUGCAGCUUGUUACCGCGGCAAGAACUCAACAUGUCGAACCCUCCCAACGACCCGUUCUAUUCCUCCCCAUUCGGACCCUUCUACAGAAGGCACUCGCCCUACAUGGUCCAACCCGAGUAUAGGAUCUACGAGAUGAACAAACGACUACAAUCUCGUACAGAGGAGAGUGACAGUCUGUGGUGGGAUGCGUUUGCCACGGAGUUCUUUGAGGAGGACGCCACCCUGACCCUCUCCUUCUGCCUGGAGGAUGGACCAAAGAGAUACACUAUCGGACGAACGCUCAUCCCGCGCUACUUCAGCACAGUGUUUGAGGGCGGAGUCACUGACCUGUACUACAUCCUCAAACACUCCAAGGAGUCUUUCCACAACUCCUGCAUCACUGUGGACUGUGAUCAGUGCACCAUGGUCACCCAGUAUGGGAAACCAAUGUUUACAAAGGUAUGCACAGAGGGCAGACUGAUUCUUGAAUUUGCCUUUGACGACCUCAUGAGGAUCAAGACCUGGCACUUCACCAUCCGGCAAUACCGAGAACUCAUCCCCCGCAGCAUCCUGGCCAUGCACGCACAAGACCCCCAGGUUCUGGAACAGCUCUCCAAAAACAUCACCCGCAUGGGGCUGACCAACUUCACCCUCAACUACCUCAGGCUGUGUGUCAUCCUGGAGCCCAUGCAGGAGCUCAUGUCCAGGCACAAGACCUACAACCUCAGCCCUAGGGACUGUCUGAAGACAUGCCUGUUCCAGAAGUGGCAGAGAAUGGUGGCCCCGCCAGCUGGACACCCACAGAAUUUCAAAACGGAAAUAUUCCCCACAAAUCACAAAAAAGGUCGUGCCAAAGCUGAGCCAACAAGACAGACGACGACGAAGAGGAGGAAAAGGAAGAACUCUGCCAGCAGUGCCAACAGUAGCGUGGGCAAUGCCAACAGUAAGAAGAGAAGCCCUGCCAGCAACUUCAGCCUUUCCAGUCAGGUACCUGACGUGAUGGUGGUUGGUGAGCCCACCCUGAUGGGCGGGGAGUUCGGGGACGAGGACGAGCGUCUGAUCACACGUCUGGAGAACACACAGUACGACGCCACCAACGGAUUGGAUGACGAGGAUGACUUCAACGGCUCGCCAGCGCUCGGCAACAACAGCCCGUGGGGCAGCAAGCCGCUCAACAACCAGGACAGCAAGGCCGAGAGCACAGCGCCUCAGUCGUCACAGUAGAACACACAGAGACCAUGGCCACCGAGAGCACAGUCAGUGCCCCCACCUUCAUAUGUCCGCUUAGCUGACAUUUAACUUCAAUGGUUGAAUGUUACUAUUUUGGACAUAUUCUAAUGAGACCAUGUUGCCCUCACAGUAAAACAAAGAGGGAAAAUAAUUAUUUAAAAACUGUACCUAUUUGGCACAGUAGGGCGGUGCCCUCUAAAACCUCACAUUGUACUGAAUUGAACCCUGUUGGCAAUUUUUUUCACGUCGUGGUCAACGGUGUCACUGUCACUCAUCAUGAUCGAUCAUCUCCACCAAAUACCAGAACAAUUUGUCUCUGAUUUCACUGUAACAUCGAGGAGCGAGACAGAGAACUGAAUAACAUUGCACAGCAAUAUCCAUAUGAAUAGCACUGCUUUUUCACCUAAAUACAUACAGGUUGUAUGCAUUGCAAUGAUGACGUAAACAAUACUGGGUUUUCUUUUUCAAUUUUUCCUAGAAUUACUCUGUUUGGAUUUGGUGGGAAUUCACAGUGUUAGGAGAGUUGGGAUAGCUCUGGGAAUGACAAUGCAGGUGUUCAUAUGAAUUGUCCCUCUUGGACACCUUCUCAGUCCUUGAGCUUUAACUGUAGUGCGAUUCUGUGGUUGUUGCCCUUUUGACCUUUGAUUUGCACGUUGCAACACCUCUGGGACAGUUGACAGGGGAAGUCAAAACAAAACAUCAAAAACAAAAUGGCUCCUUUAAGGGCAUCAGCCUCAAUCAGAACUAACCGGCAAGGUUUAUACUCAGCCCAUAUAGAGCCACCAAACUGCAUCCGCGAUGGCCGAGACGUCGCCGUCUUGAGCUUUUGCCUUUUUAUUGAAAAUUCAUUUGGCUGUUGGUUUGUUUACAGUUGUUUUUUGUUGGAUUUUCAAUGAAAAGGAAAGUGACUCUGUUUCACCUUUAAGGACAGCUUCAAGUGGGGGGACACGUGCUCCAUGAUUACUUUUCCAGAAUUACUGCAUCAGCGCCAAUUGUUAUUUCAUGCAAACCUGUUUGAUUGUGUUUGUAGUCUAUUGGUGUUCUUUUGCUUCUGCCCAAAAUACUUUACAAUCAUGUUUGUACUUUGCCAAUCAGUAGGCCUUUCACAUUUGGAAAUUGUUCUUUCCCUUUAAUGACCUACUCCCUAACUGAUGUUUAAAGUUUUUUCCUGCAUGAUUUAGUUUUGUUUGUUUGAUAUACAGUACCAGUCAAACGUUUGGACACACGUACUCAUUCAAGGGGUUUUCUUUAUUUUGACUAUUUCUACAUUGUAGAAUAAUAGUGAAGAUAUCAAAACUAUGAAAUAACACAUAUGGAAUCACGUAGUAACAAACAAAGUGUUAAACAAAUCAAAAUAUAUUUGAGAUUCUUCAAAAUAGCCACCCUUUGCCUUGAUGACAGCUUUGCACAGUCUUGGCAUUCUCUCAACCAGCUUCAUGAGGUAGUCACCUGGAAUGCAUUUCAAUUAACAGGUGUGCCUUGUUAAAAGUACUUAAAAAAUGUAUUUCCUCCUUAAUGCGUUUGAGCCAAUCCGUUGUGUUAUGACAAGGUAAGGGUGGUAGACAGAAGAUAGCCAUACUUGGUAAAAGACCAAAUAUAUAUUAUGGGAUGAACAGCUCAAAUAAGCAAAGAGAAAUGACAGUCCAUCAUUGCUUUAAGACAUGAAGGUCAGUCAAUACAGAACAUUUUAAGAACUUUGAAAGUUUCUUCAGGUGCAGUCGCAAAAACCAUCAAGCGCUGUGAUGAAACUGGCUCUCAUGAGGACCGCCACAGGAAAGGAAGACCCAGAGUUACCUCUGCUGCAGAGGAUAAGUUCAUUAGAGUUAACUGGCUCUCAUGAGGACUGCCACAGGAAAGGAAGACCCAGAGUUACCUCUGCUGCAGAGGAUAAGUUCAUUAGUGUUACCAGCCUCAGAAAUUGCAGGCCAAAUAAAUGCUUCACAGAGCUCAAGUAACAGACACAUCUCAACAUCAACUGUUCAUAGGAGGCUGCGUGAAUCAGACCUUCAUGGACGAAUUGCUGCAAAGAACCCACUACUAAAGGACACCAAUAAGAAGAAGAGACUUGCUUGGGCUAAGAAACACAAGUAAUGGAAAUUGGACCAGUUGAAAUUUGUCCUUUGGUCUGAUGAGUCCAAAUUUGGGAUUUUAGUUUCCAACCGCUGUGUCUUUGUGAGACGCAGAUUAGAACGGAUGGCUAUUUGACCAAGAAGGAGAGUGAUGGACAGCUGCAUCAGAUGACCUGGCCUCCACAAUCACCCCACCUCAACCCAAAACAGACAACAAGUGCUCAGCAUAUGUGGGAACUCCUUCAAGACUGUUGGAAAAGCAUUCCAGGUGAAGCUGGUUGAGAGAAUACCAAGUGUGCAAAGGGUGUCUAUUUGAAGAAUCUAAAAUAUAUUUUGAUAUAACACUUUUUUCAUUACUACAUGAUUCCAUAUGUGUUAUUUAAUAGUUUUGAUGUCUUCGCUAUUAUUCUACAAUGUAGAAAAUAGUAAAAAUAAAGAGAAAUCCUUGAAUGAGUAGGUGUGUCCAAACUUUUGACUGGUACUGUACUGUACAGUACAGGGAGGCAGGUAGCCUAGUGGUUAGAGCGUUGGGCCAGUAACCGAAAGGUUCCUGGAUCAAAUCCUCGAGCUGACAAGGUACAAAUCUGUCGUUCUGCCCCUGAACAAGGCAGUUAACCCACUGUUCCCUGGUAGGCCGUCAUUGUAAAUAAGAAUUUGUUCUUAACUGACUUGCCUAGUUAAAUAAAGGAUACAUAAAUAAAUACAGUAUAUUAUGUACCUUUUUGUGACACAGCCAUUUUAUUCAUCAGUUUGGGAACACUGUUUGUUACAAGGUUUCUAGCUCUGUAACAUAGAGAAUGAUAGAGACCGUUUUACCAGGAGCAGCGCCAUUGAGGCCUUCCAGCUUCCUUCAUUUUAAAGUAGUCAAAGUAGUCAACUCGGUAGGGAUUUCUAUGGGUUGUAGCCUCAAUGGGUUGCCCAUGCUGUCACAGAUUCUAUAAUGGCACAGAUAUAAGGAUGAGUCCUCUAACUAGCUCUGUGCUCUGUAAAUAGAGGUGUGAACUACAAUUUUAUCCAUAUAAGAUUAGCCACCAUUCUGAAACCAUUUUGUACUGUACAUGGCAGCUGUUUUGACAAGCUUUUUGAUUUGUAUGAGUUUCACAUUUCUAUAGGGCAUUUUGGAUUCUGGUUGUUUGUCUACCAUAAGCCACCUCCAAUGUAGUUUUAGAGAAUUUGGCAGAACGUCCAACCGUCCUCACAACCGCAGACUACGUGUAACCACGCCAGCCCAGGAUCUCCACAUCCGGCUUCUUCACCUGCGGGAUCAUCUGAGACCAACCACCCAAACUGAGGAGUAUUUCUGUCUUGUAAUAAAGCCCUUUCGUGGGGAAAACUCAUUCGGAUUGGCUGGGCCUGGCUCCCCAGUGGGUGGGCCUAUGUGAAAUCUAUAGAUUAGGGUCUAAUUAAUUUAUUUCAAGAAUACUGAUUUACUUAUAUGAACUGUAACUUAGUAAAAUCAUUGAAAUGGUUGCAUGUUACAUACAUGUUUUCGUUCAGUAUACAUAAUUUGCAAAUUAUUGAGCAAAAAACAGCAUACUCAAGGCCCUACAGAAAUGCAGUUUUAAAACACCUCCUUUAGUGUUACCAGUUGUUAUUUGACUAUGAUUCCCCCCUGAUCUCCUCUAGUCUACUCUUCUGUUGGAUUUAGUUUCUUAAAGGAAAGAAGACAACGUUUGGAUCUUUUGUGUAUUUAUUUGUGCAUUUGUAAGGAAGCUAACACAUUUCUGAAUGGGUUUGAACCUGGUAUUAUUAGAACUCUGCACAAUUUGUACAUUAUAUCGCAGAGAUGUUUUGUGUCAUAUCUGAUGUCUGGUAUGUAUGCUUUGCCAUUAUGUGUGCCAAUAAACCGUGCUUAAAGAU